UCAAGAAUGAACAAUCCGUCAGAAACUAGUAAACCAUCUAUGGAGAGUGGAGAUGGCAACACAGGCACGCAAACCAAUGGUCUGGACUUUCAGAAGCAGCCUGUGCCUGUCGGAGGAGCAAUCUCAACAGCCCAGGCCCAGGCUUUCCUUGGACAUCUCCAUCAGGUCCAGCUCGCUGGAACAAGUUUACAGGCUGCUGCUCAGUCUUUAAAUGUACAGUCUAAAUCUAAUGAAGAAUCGGGGGAUUCACAGCAGCCAAGCCAGCCUUCCCAGCAGCCUUCAGUGCAGGCAGCCAUUCCCCAAACCCAGCUUAUGCUGGCUGGAGGACAGAUAACUGGGCUUACUUUGACGCCAGCCCAGCAACAGUUAUUAAUACAGCAGGCACAGGCACAGGCACAGCUGCUGGCUGCUGCAGUGCAGCAGCAUUCUGCAAGCCAACAGCACAGUGCUGCUGGGGCCACGAUCUCAGCCUCCGCCGCCACGCCCAUGACGCAGAUCCCCCUGUCUCAGCCCAUACAGAUUGCACAGGAUCUUCAACAACUGCAACAGCUUCAACAGCAGAAUCUCAACCUGCAACAGUUUGUGUUGGUACAUCCAACCACCAACUUGCAACCAGCGCAGUUUAUCAUCUCACAGACGCCGCAGGGCCAGCAGGGUCUCCUGCAAGCGCAAAAUCUUCUAACACAACUACCUCAGCAAAGCCAAGCCAACCUCCUACAGUCGCAGCCAAGCAUCACGCUCACCUCCCAGCCAGCAACCCCAACACGCACAAUAGCAGCAACCCCAAUUCAGACACUUCCACAGAGCCAGUCAACACCAAAGCGAAUUGAUACUCCCAGCUUGGAGGAGCCCAGUGACCUUGAGGAGCUUGAGCAGUUUGCCAAGACCUUCAAACAAAGACGAAUCAAACUUGGAUUCACUCAGGGUGAUGUUGGGCUCGCUAUGGGUAAACUGUAUGGAAAUGACUUCAGCCAAACUACCAUCUCCCGCUUUGAAGCCUUGAACCUCAGCUUUAAGAACAUGUGCAAGUUAAAGCCACUUCUAGAGAAGUGGCUAAAUGAUGCAGAGAACCUCUCAUCUGAUUCAGCUGUCUCCAGCCCAAGUGCCCUGAAUUCUCCAGGGUUGGGAGUUGAGGGCUUGAACCGGAGGAGGAAGAAACGCACCAGCAUAGAGACCAACAUCCGUGUGGCCUUAGAGAAGAGUUUCUUGGAGAAUCAAAAGCCUACCUCGGAAGAGAUCACCAUGAUUGCUGAACAGCUCAAUAUGGAAAAAGAGGUGAUUCGUGUUUGGUUUUGUAACCGCCGCCAGAAGGAAAAAAGAAUCAACCCACCUAGCAGUGGUGGGACCAGCAGCUCACCUAUCAAAGCAAUUUUCCCCAGCCCAACCUCACUGGUGGCAACCACACCAAGCCUUGUGACGAGCAGCGCAGCAACUACUCUCACAGUCAACCCUGUCCUCCCUCUAACCAGCGCUGCUGUGACUAAUCUCUCUGUUGCAGGCACUACAGACACCACCUCCAACAACACAGCGACUGUGAUUUCCACAGCACCUCCAGCCUCCUCAGCAGUUACAUCCCCUUCUCUGAGUCCCUCCCCUUCUGCCUCAGCCUCCAUCUCUGAGGCAUCCAGUGCCAGUGAGACCAGCACAACGCAGACCACCUCCACUCCUUUGUCCUCCCCUCUUGGGACCAGCCAGGUGAUGGUGACAGCAUCAGGCUUGCAAACAGCAGCAGCUGCCGCCCUCCAGGGAGCUGCACAGUUGCCAGCAAAUGCCAGUCUUGCUGCCAUGGCUGCUGCUGCGGGACUAAACCCAGGCCUGAUGGCACCCUCACAGUUCGCAGCUGGAGGUGCCUUACUCAGUCUCAAUCCAGGGACCCUGGGCGGUGCUCUCAGCCCAGCUCUUAUGAGCAACAGUACACUGGCAACUAUUCAAGCUCUUGCUUCUGGUGGCUCUCUUCCAAUAACGUCACUGGAUGCAACUGGGAACCUGGUAUUUGCCAAUGCAGGAGGAGCCCCGAACAUCGUAACUGCCCCUCUGUUCCUGAACCCUCAGAACCUCUCUCUGCUCACCAGCAACCCAGUUAGCUUGGUUUCUGCUGCCGCAGCCUCCGCAGGGAACUCUGCACCUGUAGCCAGCCUUCACGCCACCUCCACCUCAGCUGAGUCCAUCCAGAACUCUCUCUUCACAGUGGCCUCUGCCAGCGGGGCUGCUUCCACCACCACCACCGCCUCCAAGGCACAGUGAACUGGGCAGAGCUGGGCUGCCACUAGCCUUUUUCACUGUGCAGUGUGAUUGGGCUGCCAGCCAGGUUAAUAAACUGAAAUAUGUGAUUGGCUUCCUCUCGCCGUGUUGUGAGGGCAAGGGAGAGAAGAAAAAACACAUACCAGAAAAAAAAAAAAAAAAAGGAUGGAAGCGGGACAACAUUUGCCUAAUUUUGUAAUAAAACACUGUCUUUUCAGGAUUGCUUCAUGGAUUGGAGAACUUUCUAACCAAAAAUUAAACAAACAAAAAAAACACAAAAAAAACAGAAACAAAAAUCAAAAACAAACAAAAAAAAAGUGAAAGGACUACUUACCAUUUCCAGCAGUCAUGAUGACAAGUUAAGGUGGGUUACCAAAUUCCAAUAUAGGAAGGGGAUUUCUUGUUUGUCUAAAUUUCUUUUUUUCUUAAAAAAAUCAUUUUUAUAGGUCUGUUGUACAGGCCAUUAAGUCAUAACAAGGUGUUUAUAAUCGUAUCAAUUGUGUUGGGGUUCCUUUCUUAACUGGUACAAUUUAGGCAGGCCUGUAUUACUGUAUCUCUAUUAUUAUUGUUGUUAUUGUUUUUAUAUAUAUAUAUAGUUUGGACAUGUUUAUCUCUUGCUCCUGGAUCCUAUUUCAGUGAGCUCCCACACUGUGGGGAGGGAGGGUUUGGGGGUAAGGGGAGACUUACGUACUUAACUAUGGGGAAUGUUCUUGCUGGUUUCCUUAUCCUUGAUGACUCUUACAGAGGUGCUAGAAAAUUAUUUUCUUUUGCCACUUAUGCAAGAGCUUGGUGCAGAAGCUGAAGACUGUGUGUGCAAACACUCCCACUCCACACACGUCCCCUGCCCCCAUCAGGUGGUGCCUUUGGAGCACUUUUGUGUAGGAAGGAAUUCCUGCUGAACUGUAGCUCUCACUCACCCCCAAAUCAUUGAAUGACCCUGAGGCCCAGAUCCCGUGCUGUAACAAUGCUGCUUUCUGCUACUUUCAGUGGGAACAGUUGUACAUGUGCAGGGCAGGAUUUGGUUCUGAAGAGCAAAGACUACUGCAGACACCUGACUUGGUGGUUCUCUUGAUUUCUUAUCUUCUGAAAAAUGCUCCUACUGUUGGUGUGUUUGUUUGCUUGUUUUUUUCCAUUUUAUGGAAGAUUUUCAUCCAAACCUCCUUUAGCUAACUUGACAAAGAACAAAUUGACCUAUUGAAAUUGAGAAAUUUUUCCCUUCUUUUAUUAUCUGAAGGAAUUUUACUAGACUAUUUUCCAUCGGCUAUAUAUCCAAAAGAAGUGUGAUGAGAAGAGUCUAAGGUUACCACCUUUUUCUCUGGAGAGCCGUAAACUUCCUUUCCACUGGGUGGCUUAUCAAUUCCUCCAACCCUGAGAUUCUCCUUGGUUCUCUGACUAAAGGAGGCACUUUUAGCCAGCCAUAGGAUCUGUAGAACCUUUGAAGAAGGGCGUUGAGCAAGAACUUUGUACACACCUCAAGUAUCUCCUUGGUUUGUUUGUGAUGCUCCUGCUAGGUAGGUUUGAAUGGCAAUACACGUCUCUUUAUUCAAUGUAGAAAGUAAUUAGCUCCUGUAACUGUUUUCAGGGUGUUUCUAGACUAUGUAAAUGAGCCCAUUGAAAAGGAAGAGCUUGUGAAAGGGGAUGAAGAGAAAUGAGGAUAACUUGGAGAUUAAAUUCCCCUUUUUGUUAAAGUCCUGUUAUUAUGCUAUCUGUACCAAAAAAUUUCCCAAAAGACUGGAUCACUGCAAUGCAGUUCAUCUAAGUUCCCCUUCUUAAUUGGAGUUAAGGUUCCCAUUUGGUGUCUGAGUGGUGGCUUCAGUGUCCAGUAGUCUCAAGACUGCACUUUUUCCCCCUUUCAAACUGGGGGUUGAAAGAGCGCUUACAGGUGACUUUUGUUCUGAUUGCUUUGCUUGUGUCCAGGAGAGAGCUUGGAUUCUGUGUAUUUGUGUCUCUCUCCACCAUUUUUUUAAAAAACAGUAAUAUAGACACAUUGUGUACUUUUGUUUGUGAUUCAAGUGGGAGACAGUCAACAUUAAUAUUAAAAGAUCAGAAACAUUUUAGUCCCCUUUAAAAUUUUUCUUUAGUUCUUUCUGUCUUGUUUUUUCACAAAGUAUUUAAUUGCCACCCCUAAAUUUCCUCCUCGUACCCU